UCUGUUCAGUCGCUCGUCAACCUCAACAAGUGACGGUUCUGUUUUCGUACCGUCUGUAAUUUUUAAAUUUAAACCACAAUUCAGUGUUAAAUAUUACGAGCUAUUUAAAUUAUUAUUUAAAAUAAUAAUUAAAAAAAAAAAAAAACAUUAUGAUUAACAGAUAAUUUAAUAAUUACUGAGACUAAGUGAUACCACGAGGAUGUUAAUUAGUGAUUUUUAAAAUAUUUAUUUAAGUGUGUUUUAGUAUUUUGAAUUAAAAACUUAUAUCUCAGCAUAUUUGUCUGUGAUAUUUUUUUUAUUUUUUAUUUUUUUACUUGUGUUUUAUUGGUUUAAUUGCACUGUUUAUUACAACAUGAUGGUAAAAAUUUGAAUUUAAAUAAUCAGUUAAUGGAUUAAUUAGUUUAAAUAACGAGAGAUAAAUAAUUGAGGACGUUUUUGGUCAAGUGUGCUUCCGCGAGUUAUAAAUCUUAUAUAUUAUUAUUCCUCAAGGAAUAACGUGUUGUUUUUUAUUCGUCGUCCAGAUUGACCAAUGAACAGUGGUAAAGUGCACGGUCUAUCGCAACGGCGAGACAGCGGCCAGUGACACUCAUUCUCGGAUUUUAUUCACCAGUUGAGAAUCAAGCCAGGUGAUAGUGUGAACGUCGUGUUAUGAAACUAUUGCCGACGAUUCAGUUGCCGCAACUACCGCCGGUCUCAGCUGCUGGCGGCAUGACGGGAAUGGAUUCCCGUCUCCCACCAGGGAUAUCUUUACCUUUCAGUCCCACGGAUUUAUUGUGGCGAUAUCCGCCCAUGAGUUUUCCCUCUCAUCCACCUCAAAGUCCUCUGUUGGACUUUAAAACUCAUUUGCCUUCAAGUUUAGCUUCAGAUCCUCGAGUAUGGUCGCGAGAUGAUGUGGCGACAUUUUUACGAUGGUCAGAACGUGAAUUCGAUCUGCCUCAGUUUGACAUGGAUAUGUUUCAAAUGAACGGAAAAGCUCUGUGUCUGCUAACAAAAUCAGACUUGGGAGAAAGAUGUCCUGGUGCCGGAGACGUUCUUCACAAUGUCCUCGGUAUGCUGGCUCGCGAUUUCAAUCAAUUACAACGAUGUCUUCCGAGUAGUCCCGUAACGCCUACGAGACAUUCGGCGUAUCCUUUGAGUCCUCACUCACAUCCGCCAACGCCAACGUGGGCUGAGAAUCCUUAUGCAGCGAACCUUGCCUCACUUAUGUCUGCUAAUUCAGUAACACUCUCACCGGCGCCAUCAGUUGAUAGUCAAGCGGGAUCACCCGGUCAUGCUGAGAGUAAUCAAACUCAAGUGUAUAAAAGUGAUUCAGAUGAGGAUAAUCAUCAGAGUAGCAGUAGUCCACCAGCAACACCAACCGCUCUCACGGCUCAGAGACUCAGUGAAGUCUGCGUCAAGGACCAGCCCAGUCCCACAUUGCCAUCUCAAUUAAUGCCACUUACGCCUGGAGGAUUCCGACCUGCUUCUACUGCUAGAGAAUUUUUUCCCAGCGAUUCACCUGAACCCAACACGAAUGGUAGACUUCUUUGGGAUUUUUUACAACAGCUACUAAACGACCCGUCCCAGAGAUAUACGCAUUAUAUUGCGUGGAAAAGCCAGGAAACGGGAGUUUUCAAAAUAGUUGACCCGCCAGGUCUGGCAAGACUUUGGGGAAUACAAAAAAAUCAUUUGUCUAUGAACUAUGAUAAAAUGAGUAGAGCACUUCGUUAUUAUUAUCGUGUUAAUAUACUGAGGAAAGUUCAAGGCGAACGUCACUGCUAUCAAUUUCUUCGCAAUCCUACAGAAUUAAAAAACAUAAAAAAUAUAUCGUUAUUACGCCAGCAAAUGCGAAUAAAAUCCGAACCAGAUGAAGAAAGCCCUGUAUCCGUAAACGGAAUAGAACAGGAAGUAGAUAUGCCGACUGACCUCUCAAUGUCAAGCAUGAAUCAGCCUUCUUUUGAGCAGCCUCUUCCUCUUCAUGAUCCACCUGCCAAGUAUCGUAGCCAUGCGUACAAUCUCGCUAAAACUAAUCAAGAACCGGAAGACAGGAAGUGACGCGAGACUUAACAGGGAUCUGCUUGAUUUUGCAUUGAAAAGUUUAUGUGUUGCGACUGUUUAGUAUAAAAAAAAAAGGAAAAAAAAAACAUAUAUAAAAGUAAGCUUUUAUUUUAUUAAAGUUCACUAGUUAUGAUUCGUCGCUGUGCCCAAGUGAAUCUAAUUAAUCAAGACUGAUUCAUAAAUCCGACAAUCGAAUAUUUCAUGUUCAAUUAAUACAAUUACAAACAUUUAAUAUGUAUAGUUUAAAAGAAGAGAAAGAAAAAAGUUAAGUUAAGUAAACUAAACUAAACUAAAAACGUCCUCCAAUGCCGGUAAAUUAACUGGUUGAGUAUAAAAAAGUUUAUCUUCCAAAUUACCAUAUGAGAUUCCAGUUGGAUUACCAGUAAUUAGAGUCCAGCCGUGAUAUUUUAUCUCUCUCAUUUUAUUUUAUAAAAAAAUUAAAAAUAAAAUGUCAAUUUUUGAAAUUGACAAAUUAAUCGAGAAAAAUAAAAACUUUUUUUCAUUUGUAAAUAUAUGUAUAUUAAUUAUAUAUAUAUGUUUAUUAGGGUGGCCCAAAAAAACCAACUAUUUUCUUUUCGAGUCGCUUAUGAAAAUUUGUUGGCUUAUGAUGUUUUAAGAAGCCUCUCCAAAAAUCAGAUAAAAAAUUUUCGAGAGGUCGCUCAUGAAUUUUGAAAAUAUCAAAAAUGAUUGAAAUUCGGAUUUUUUACUUCGAAAUUUUUUCUUCGGUGGCAGUAAUAGUUUACAUUUAUAAAAUCAUGUCUAUGCCGAAAAUUUCAACAAAUUUCAACAUUUUCCAAAAUUUAAAUAUUUAAACGGCGCUCAAGAAUUUUGAAUAUUAACUGAUAAUAUGUGACUAAAACUUUGAAUUAGUUUUUGUAUUUUUUUAUUACUCAAUUAUUGUCAUUUCACUAAAAUAUAACUUUUGCAUAACCAAAAAUAUAAAGGACAGUCUUAAACAAUAAAAUUUGACAAGUUUUGAAUAAGCGAGAAAACCUAAAAAUUGAAUUAAAAAAUAAAAAAGUAUGUAAAAAACUUAUUAUUUAUAUUUCUCGGGUUAUAUUUUCAUUCAUUGCGAUGCAAAUUGAUGGUGAGAAAAUCGAGAAGCUUUAUUAUCAAUAUUCAAGGGUCGCUCGAAAACGUUCAAAAGACAGCACUCGGAAACAUUCAAAAUUCUUGAGCGAGGAUUAAAUAUUUAAAUUUUGGGCUUAGAUUUUCAGCGUAGUCAUGAUUUCACAAAUAUAAACUAUUGCUGCCAUGAAAGAAAAAAAUUUGAAAUAAAAAUUCAAAUUUCGAUCAUUUUUGAUAUUUUCAAAAUUCGUGAGCGACCUCUUGAAAAUUUUUUAUUGAGCUGAUUUUUGGAGAGGCUUCUUAAAACAUCGUAAACCAACAAAUUUUCAUAAGAGACUGAAAAAAAAAAUAAUUAGGUUUUUUGGGCCACCCUAAUAUCUAUGUUUAUAUCUUAUAUAUUAUAGUCAUAUAUAAUUAUUUGUUCAUACAAUGAUUUAUAAAUAAAUAUAAGCAUAUCGAAUCGCUCAUGUUAAACAUGUAGUGAUAAAUUUCGUCUAUCUAAAAAUAUAUAUGAUUAUAUAUGAUUUGAUAUGUAUAGCAAUAAAAAGCUUCAAAAGUAUCAGUUUUAAAAAAUAAAAUAUGAGAAUAUACAUAGUUUCGAUUAAUGAAAAAAAAAAAUAUGAUAUUGUAAAUUCAUAUCUGAGUAUAUAUAACCGUUUUAUAUAUGUAUUAGAUAAGUGCGUAAAUAUGUGGCAAUAAGUAUUAUGAAUAUGAUGAUAUCCAUUCUUAAUCAUAUAAUUAUUAAUUUAUGAUUAUAUAUGUUCAUAUAUGACCUUAUGUGAUAUCAAAUGUGCCAAUAAAUAGCCUUAUACAUGGUCAGAUAUGAUAAUAUCUACUCAUAUAUGAUUAUGCCUGUUUAGAUGUGAAUUAAUAUUAAUCAUAUAUGUAUUUAAUAUAAAUAAAUAUAUACAAAUAUAUAUUUAUAUAAAUAUGAAGCUAUUUAUUGCUAUAUUUAGUAUCAUUUAAAUAAAUCUGGUCAUGUGUAAACAAAUAUUAUCAUAUAUUGUGUGAUUUUUAUAUAAAAAAAAUAUCACAUUACUAAAACCAUAAGGGCGUAUCGUAUUUUUUCGGUUUAUUAUCAAUUAUAGGUUAGAGUAAAAAAAAAACUUGCAAGGGUAUUAAAAAUUAUCUCUCUACAUCUUAAUUUAUCUGAACAAAUAUUCAUUUAACUAAAAAACAAAAAUUCUUUAUUUAAUUUUGAUCGAAAUAUAAGUUAUAAAAGAGAUUCGACCGAAACUAGUGACUCGAAGUAGUGUUUGAAUUUUUUUGUUUGCUAAAU